CAUCCCACCUCGAGCACUCACCACCGUUGCACGCAGGGACCAAGCUUACCACGUCCUGCUCGAGUCCGCGGCUACUGGCAGCUGUCUAGAGCUAGUACUUUGUCCCGACAAAGCCGAGCCCUACGCCGCGAUUCACACCACCCUCCAUAAUCAACUGGUGGCCCUUCCAAUCGCUGGCCGCUACCACGCUUUGCACAAAACACACCAUCCAGGCGUAUUCCAGCCUCCACCCGACGACAGCCGAGGCUCGACUCGUACGUCCCCCUCCUCGCCUCGCCUCUUGGUGGCACAUCCUCCGGGAUACGGGCAUCUUAGCAACAAGCGUCACAUAGCUCUACCGUAGAUUGAAGCUGCCUCAGUGCCUCCGUCCAUGGCUACAGCCGCUGGUCCAGAGGUGGACCUGGACCAGCUCUCCGCGGAGCAGCAGGCUGCCCUCGAGCAGUACACAGCAGUCACCGCCCAGGACCAUGCAGAGGCUAUCCCCUUGCUUCAACGGUCGCAGUGGAAUGUACAGAUAGCCAUCGCCAAGUUCUUUGACGGUGAGGGCCCUGAUCCCCUGGCUGAAGCCAUAGCCGCCCAGGAUCACAUUCCGACACAGGCAUCCCGUUACGAGAAUCUGCAGGAGACGUUUGCAGAUGCGCCAUUCGGUACUGUCCGGCCCCCAAGAAGAAACGCACCAGCUCCUGCUCCUCGAAUAGUGCCUCAGCCUCCAAGUACACAUCGGCCGCCACUUCUGCUGGCAAUCUUCCUAGCCCCCUUCAACUUGGUCCAUCGCGCGACCACUGGAGUCUUUCGAGUCAUUGUCUACGUACUCGCAUUCCUACCGGCAGCAAUUCGACCUCGAGCCAUUACCACUUCGAUAACACAAGGUUUCAAGGGAACCUCGGGCCGCCGCAUGCUCCUGCCUCGCGACACUGCAGCCAGAUUCAAGCGAGAAUUCGAGGAAGAAUACGGGUCCAGCACCUUGCCAUUCUAUGAGGGUGGUUUUGCGCAAGCGUUGGACGAGGCGAAGAAGGACCUCAAGUUUCUCAUCAUGAUCCUCGUCUCUCCGGAACACGACGACACUGAGUCAUUCACCCGCGAAACGCUUCUUUCGCCUGAGGUCACCGCCUUCAUCAAUGACCCGCAGAACAACAUCGUUCUAUGGGGCGGGAACGUUCUGGACAGCGAGGCAUUCCAGGUAGCCACGGAGUACAAUGCGACCAAGUUCCCCUUCACCUGCGUCGUGUGCCUGACCCCUCGAGAGGGAAGCACACGCAUGAGCAUCGUGAAGCGAAUAGUAGGUCCUGUACCACCGCAGACAUACGUCGCCGAGCUGCAGACUGCAAUUACCAAAUAUGCACCAGAUCUCGCCGGCGUGCGAGCCGAGCGAACAGCACAGGAAGUGACGAGAAAUCUGCGCAACGAGCAAGAUUCGGCAUACGAACGAUCACUGGCGGCAGACCGGGAACGCGCGCGGCAGCGCAAGGAGGCUGAGGCUGCCGCAGCAGCAGCAGAGAAGCGUGCUCAAGAAGAAGCUGAAGCUGCUGAGCGCCUCGCCCGGCAAAGAGAAGAGUGGCGGCGCUGGCGUGCAACAACCAUAACGCCCGAACCCGACAACACUGUCAAUGCCAAGGACGUCGUGCGGCUUGCGCUGAAGAUGCCCGAGGAGUCCGGCGCGGGGAGGAUAGUGCGCAAGUUCACGGCGACCACGACCGUGGAAGAACUCUACGCCUUUGUCGACUGCUUUGAAUAUCUCGGGGCCGACGAAGAUGAUGAGAAGACGUCAGCGAAUAUUCAGGAGCCCAGUGGGUAUGAGCACGUUUACAACUUCAAGAUUGCCUCGCUCAUGCCUCGCGUCGUCUAUGAGCCAGACAAGGAUGGCUCAGCCACGCUUGGGGACAAGAUUGGGCGAUCUGGCAAUUUGAUCGUUGAAUCAUUUGCCAAUGACGAGGAGGAAGAAGAAAGCGAGGGCGAUAGCAGCACGUAGAACCAUUAGGCAUGCUGAAAGCCUAGCCCGGGAACGCCGUUGCAGGUGUUACAAUUUGAGGAGACGAUGAUGUCACGAUAUUAAUGAACA